GCCUCUUGUUGUGGUUACGGGAUGUCCCAAAUUUAGAUGAUCUUUCUUUGUUGAAACAAGCUCGUUUAGUCAUGGAAGAAGAUGAAAUAUUGUUGUCGGAAAAGCAAGAGAAGAUGCUCGAAGAGCUUGUAAGUUUGAAAUAAGAACCGAAGCAGAUUUAGGCAAUUGUUUCGCAUGAUAAGGGCGAGUUUAUAUUUUGAACAUUUAUAAUGUUGACAUGUGUUAUAAAAUGGCCUUCUUAUGUAGAUUUUGUUUAGCGGUGAAAGAAAGUACACAUUAAACAUUAAUGUACAAAGAUAUUAUAGUCUUUUUUGUAAAUGGCUAAUUUACCAUUUGAUAUGUACACUGACUACAGCGUCUUUAGUUUCUUUCUGCUGUGAAUAUAAAAUUUGUUUGAAAUAUGUCUUUUUAACUUAAAAAAACUAAUAUGACUAAUGCAUGAGUGUUUCAUGUGUUAGGCCGAUGGAAAUAAGGUAUCAGCUUACUGUAAACCUGAAAAAAAUUUCAAUGCGGGAAUUUUUCAUUCAUUAUUUUCGCACUUUGAAAAUCCAAAUCCUCACUACUUUGAAAACCUCAGUUUCACAUUGGUCGGACAGAAUGUCUGGUAGUUUCCUCUCUACAUCAGACAAUUUCACGAAUGGGUCGGACAAUGUUUGUGACUGAACGAUAUUUUAAGGGCUGAGCUUUCAAUGAAUUUCUCUUCAUUUACUUGCAGUGUAUCACCAAUGGUAUAAACUACGACAAGCUCAAAGAUGGCAGUGGUAAACGAGUCAAGCGACUUGAGAUGUUCUUCUCGGGAUUUCCAGAAAUUGUCGGCAUGUCAUAUUUUCCCAACCUGGUCAUGCUAUGCAUCAUGGGACAGGACACACUCGAGAAGAUUGAAGCGCUGGAAGGUCUCGUUCAUCUGGAAGAAUUGUGGAUAUGUGAGGCCAGUGUUAAGGUAUGUAGAUGUCAUAUACAGGAUGGGUAAAAACAGGUAAUGCAACUUUAGCAUGUUCUUGUGCGUUAGAUAUGGAGUUUAUUGGUAAACUUUUUACACACUCAGUAACAAAAUUCAGGCUUUUAGCUGUCCACUGAUACCUUUUUUGUAUCAUAAAGGAAAAUGACUGUCUAAUUAAUACAAUGAAAAUGAAAGUAAUUCUAUUCAGACUAACAUAAAAUUUCAUUUCAAGGAAAUUUGUGGUCUUGACAAUUGUCAGAAGUUGAAAAGACUUUAUUUAUACGACAAUGCAAUCUCGAAGAUGAGGAAUUUGUCAAUGUUGAAACAGCUUGAAGUUCUCUGGCUCAAUGACAAUAUAAUUAAAUCUAUUGAGGUACAUCUUAAUUUUCUUGAAAUGUAUUUAUUAUGGAAUAAAAAAUUAUGGAAUCGUUCCGCUUAUCAUUUAAUUUAUAGGCUAUAUUUACACUGUACUGUGUAUUUUCAUAGGAAUUAUUGCACCGGAGAGACCUUGUUUCGCUUCUGAAAGUUGUACAUUUUGUAUUGGAUAGGUGCUUUUUUGUGCAGCUACGUACGGGAAGCUAUCCCAUGGGCGUACCGGAAGAAAAAAUUAGGGGGGCGGAAAGAAAAUUGCCCGACUUUUCGUAAAAUUGCCCGACUUUUCAUGAUUGUGCCCGACUAGUACCAAAAAUUUUUCCCGGAAAAAUUAUUUUGGCGACCUCCAACAAAGAUUUGUUGGGUACAUAUGGUUCAACUAUGUUUUAACUUAAAUAGAGUACUGUACAUGAGAGUAUUGUGAAAGCAUUCAGAACAGCUAAGGGACCAGUUAUUAUUUAUGGUGGGAGGUGGCAUCGAAGAGAAAUGUUUUCUUGAUAAAAAUGUUGCUGAUCCAACCAUUAAAAAGUAAAAAAAAAAUUUCCACCCAACCUCAAAUAUCAAUUAAAAAAUAAAUACCCAUCCCUGCACAAAAACUUUACAAAAGGUUACCAUUCAGUUUUCACACAUGUCCUUUCCCAUUUUUGUGAUAUGAGUUUGAUAACUGCUUGUGCAAUUUUCUGCAGUCUAAAGUUUCAUGUUGUCUGCACAUGUACUUUCUUUGGAGACACCAUUUGCCUCUUGACAAAUUGGAAAAUGAUCAAGAUAGUGACUCUGAUUGAUUUAUACACAUUGUAUUGACAUAUGACUGUUGACAUUGCUUUUUAGUCUUCAAUAUCUGAGUGAGUCAUGUUUUGGAAAUGACAAUAAUUUUUUAUUACCCAACCCUUUUCUCUUUGGUGCCUCCCCCCUCCCCCACCCAAGGUUGCUUCAGAAAUUACUCAGUUAUGCCAGUCUCAAAGCAGGGGAUUACGUAAGUUAAAUUUUAUUCUGCCUUUUUUAGGGUCUGGAUGGUUUGCUAAAUUUAAAAGAGGUCAACCUCUCUAACAACAAAAUUUCUCAAAUUGGUGGGUAAAAAUUGAAGUUGAUAUGUUUUAGUACAGCAUCGUUGAAUCAAAUUUUUUAAUGCAUUGUGCUUUUGUUUCUGCAGGAAACUCGCUGGAAAAACUUCCCAAACUUGAAAUCCUACAUAUUUCUGGAAACCAGAUACGAUCGUUAAAGGUUUAAAAAAUUUAUGAUCAAAGUUUUGUUUUUUGUGGACACGAUAUUUUUCGUCAAAAUUUUCCCCUGUUAUUUUGCAUCUGUCGAGGACUUCCAGUCUGAGUUUAUACUGGUUUUACCUGACUUGGUACAACAGACCCCGUUUUCUCCGCGAGGCGCUCCGGUUUUUAAUUUUCGAUAGUUAUGUUUCUCAAGCGGAAAACAAAUUUGAAAAGUAUAUGUUUAGUGCUUUAUCUGUAAGAUUUGCUAAAAUAAAGAGAUUUUAGAUGGCCGCCGAAGAGAAAAUGAUGUCUGAAGUUCAGUACGUUUUGCUGUAUAAAUAUGCAUGACGACAAUUUUACAGCAUCAAUUGACAAUAUUUAACUAUUAUUUUGUGUUUCUCAACCGCCAUUUAAAAAGGUUGCUAACUGUGUAAAUUACAAAAUAAAGCUAAAACAAAGUAAUUUUGAGAGGAACGACAAAAGGAUUUUAGGUUUUGAACACUUUCAUCGCAAAUACGUGUCACUGAAAAAAAAUAGCCUCUUAAAACAUAGUUGGAACACUCAUGCAAAGUUUUAUUUUUUAGGAUUUGAACAAUUUUAUUCAAGUACGAAGCUUGCAUACGCUGAGUUUAAAAGAUCCCGUCUAUGGCUCGAAUCCCGUAGCCACCGUGUGUAAUUACUCCACGUACAUUUUCUAUCAUUUACCGCAAAUCAGACGGCUUGAUGGAUAUGAUGUCGACAACGACUCACUUAAAAGUUUAGCCACGGUAUAAUUUUGCAGAACGUUAAGCAACCAUAGUUCAAAUGGGUGAUUCCAGGUAUAAACUGAAUUUUGAUCCAGGCAAGAAGAACGAAAUCCAACACCACAGCCAGAAAGAGCGUCUUAGAAUGAGUAAAACUGCAAAGGUUGGUUGCUAAAUGUUGUAAAAUGAGGAAAAUAUAGCUUUGUGAAGUUCGCAAAUUUUGUAUAUAUUUGUAUUACGCGCAGUAAAAAUAACCACUUCGGAUCAAAAAUGGUUAUUUUUCCCGCGCGUAAUGUAAAUAUAUACAAAAUUUACGAACUUCACAGGGCUAUAUUUUCCUCAUUUUACAACAAUUCGCAACCAAACUUUGCAAUUUUACUCAUUUGAAGAUGCUCUUUCCAGCUGUGGUAACGUAUUUCGUUCUUGUCUAGAUCAAAAUUUCGUCUAUAGCUGGAAUUAACCAUGCAUUAAUGCUACAAUCCUGGCAAAAAUUAUUGUGGACAGCACGUGCUUUGCCCUAUAUCACUUCUUGCGAAAACAGCAUUUAGCAGCCCCCCCCUGCCUCUUUCAGUUGAAAUGCUAAUACAUUGGUUAAGGUAAAGUUGUGUGAAAUAUAUUAUCAAAAUCAACAUUGCACGGGGUGCGUGGGUUCCAAACAUGUCAAGAUGCGCAUGUGAACAUUCAUAUCUUAGUUUUCAACUAAUUGUCCACAUAAUAUUUGCCAUGAUUGUGCAUGUGAUUAUCAGGGACCCAUUUGUUUAGACUUUAUGCUCAUAUAUUCAGGGAGGGAACUUUCUUUUUGUGCGGUGAAAACCGGUGUUUAGUUUUGAAAAUGUGCAGUAAUUAAUUCUUGUAUUUUUCAUUUUAGACGACAGUUAAAAAGAAAAGGAUGUACUACAACAUGCGUGUUAAGACGUUAGAACGAAACAUGAGUAAUUUGUUAAGACAAGUCGAAGAUGAAAGGAGUGGAUUGAAGGAGUCGCCUUGCACAAGAAUACGAAAUUUAACAAACAUUCUUAAAACAGUAAGUGUGUGUGUGUGUGUGUGUGUGUGUGUGUGUGUGUGUGUGUGUGUGUGUGUGUGUGUGUGUGUGUGCAUUUCUCGGGUGCAGUAGUUUCAUACUUUCAUAGUUUCAUGAGCAUUGAAUAUAUAUGUAGUAUAUAUAAAAAUGAAGUAUAACAUGCAGUUUGCAGUAUACUUUGUUACUGUGGCUAUUAAUAUGCAAUUCAUCUGAUGACGUCAUAUCCAGCGCUUCAAAAGCGAAAAAGUCGAUGAAGUAGAUAGAGGUUUUUUACUAUAUUAAAUUUCUCAGAAUGACCCAAAUAUUACCCAUACCAGAGUCUUAUUUGGGAUUAGUGGCACUUUACAGAUCUGGUCAAAACAGUUGAUGAGAGUUGGCGAGCGAGAAUUUGCAUGAGUCUUUUCACAACAGGCAAUUCCAGCUUUUAGUUUAUGCGUGCAGGGGGCGAUGGGAAGUAAACUAUCAUAUUGCUGAUUAUGCUGAAAAAAAUAAAAAUGGUGGCCGUGUAAACACGGAGUGAUAGCUUAUACUUGUAAAUUUGUAAAUAUUGAAAUAUUUCGGUUGUUUCCGCAGUUUUUAUUCAAAUUUUUCAGCAUAACCAGCAAUAUGAUACCUUACUUCCCGUCACCACAGAAUAAAGAUCAGUACCAGAAGGGCCACUCAGCGGUGCAACGUGUCACCAUUUUUCUAUGCAAAAAUGUGCAAUUGACUGGCCAGAAGGCGGGGCCUCCAGCCAAUACAGCGCGUUUAUUGGCCAGAAAAUGUAAUCGACUGGCUAGGAAGAUGGCGGCCAGGGUGCCCUUCUGUGUGCCUUAUUCUGUGCCGUCACCCCCUGCGCGCAACUCUUAGCGCAUUUUAACAAUCAUACAGUGCCCAUUAUCCAUCAAAACAUUAAAACAUCACGGAUCACUUUUACCAAUUUCAACAACUACAGUAAAUUUUACAAAGAAAUUCUGUAUGUUGUAAGUAGCAACACCUUAUUUUAUGAACCUACAUGCACGACCAAAAAUAAAUAAUGAAGCCGCGUUCAUUUCAUCUGGCCGUGUUUUUACAUUUUUGACCGCGAUAACACGGCCAACACGACCUUCUAGCCAAGACCCUGCUUUAAGACAUAUUAAAGUCGACUUGUAUUUAUGUUAGCUUGAACGGGAAUUUGAAAGCGCAUCGCCUUCGCAAUCAAGUGAGAGGAAUGAAGUCUCCUCAGGGAAUUAUAAUGACACUGAGAUAGAACAAGAAAGUUAUAAACAACUGAUCGAAGCCAAAGUGGAAAACGUCAGAGAUCGUGUACGCGAGUUGGAAUCUAUUUGCGAUGAGUGAGUAUUGUCCGGACUCUACCAGUCUACCAUUAAAUCAUGCUGGGUUUCUGGUGUGCUAACAUGCACUGAUUUACACAAAUCCAGUGAUUUGUUGGAGUCUAGGGAUGACAGUUUAGAACUGUUAGAGCUAUCUACUAUAAAUUAAAGUGGUUACAGUUAAAACAGCAGCGAUUGAUACACCGGGUGGAAAGCGUAAUUUAAAAAUGAAAAUUAAAGCCCAGCAAAUGACUUUCAGACAAGACAUAACAAAAAUAUAAAAUUUAUUGGCUAACGUUUCGUUGUAUUGUUUCUGAAGAUGUUGUGAACAAUACAACGAAACGUUAGCCAAUAAAUUUUAUAUUUUUGUUAUGUCUUGUCUGAAAGUCAUUUGCUGGUUACAGUUAAAUUUAGUUUUAUUUCCAACAUUGAUUCUGCUUUUUUUGGCUGCUGCUAUUUCUGCAGACGUCUAUUCCUAAAACGUUUUUAUAUCAGACAUGAAAUAAAAUUGGAAUCUUAACUUGUUGAGUAGUGUGACACAAGUUUUUAACAACGGAAAAUGCGUGGGAGCGACGUUCCUAAAAUGUACGAAAAUGAAAUGUACGAACUUCUCAAUGAGAUAUUUAUUUUUAGAAUUGAUCGGUGUUACGUUGAAAGUCGAGAACAAGUUGAAAAUAUUUCUCAGUCGACAAUCAAGAGAUUGCUGCUUGAACUUGAGACUGGAGGAAAUGUCAGGUUUGAAGAUGGAAAUACUAAUGAUGUCUGGUGAGUAUGGCUGGUUUGUUAGAUCUAGAACAAUCAAUCAGUCAAUUGUUUAAUCACAAUCAAUCAAUUAAUCAACCAAUUAAUUAAUCACAAUCAAUCACUUAAUUAAAUUAAUUAAUUAAUUAAUCACACUUAAUCAACCAACUAAUUAAUUAGUCAACCAACUCAAUUAAUGAAUUAGUCACACUUAAUAAAUUAAUCAAUCAAUCAAUUAAUUAAUUAAUCAACUUACUAAUUAAUUAAUCAACCAACUAAUUAAUCAAUUAACCAACUAAUUAGCCAAUUAACCAACUAAUUAGCCAAUCAAUCAAUUACAUAAUUAAUCAAUAUGUUUGACAGUCCGUUAAUUCUUUUCCUGAUCCAUUCAAAUACAAGUAACAAUUUCUAUACGUAAUAAAUCAAACCUUCAACUUGUAAUAUAUCAAUCAGUCAGUCUUGUAAUCAAUCAUUUAAUUAAUCGAUUCAACAAUAAAUCAUUUAAAUUAUGGCUAUUCACUGCGUUAAUUGAUCAGUCGUCAAGCAGUGAAUCAAUCAAUCAAUUAUUUACAUAAUAUCUCACCAGGUAUACGUCAUGUCAUGAUUUAGUCCUGUCCCGAUUCUGUGCCAGCGACUUCAAGGUAGGUUUGACUUACUGAUUUUUCAGACACUGACCACGAACCGACCUGACCACGUAGCUCAGUUGGCAGAGCAUUGGGCUAGUAUUCCAAAGGUCGUAGGUUCGAUUCCCACCGUGGACAGGGAUAUUUUUCAAGCAUGCCCGGUGUGGAUAUACACUCAGAAUAACAUCACAAGCAUCAGAGUAAACUAAAGUUAAACUAAACUAACUUUUUACUGGAUACAUGAUUUAUCAGGUCGCAACAGUUCAGUUCAUGUUCUAUUAUUGUGUUGAAUCAAACGAGGAAACUGGAGUUCCCGGACGAAACGUGCAGUGUUUACUAGUAUCAAACUAAAAGCACUCUGCUUACAUGCGAUUACUAAUCAGCAUGCAAUUCUUUUUCAAGGCUUAUGACAUCACUGGCAUUAAAAUUCACCGCAUCACUCGCGUCCAUAAUCGUGUACUUCGUGUUGCAUUUGAUGAAAAGGUUUCUACAUUUCUGGCAAAGAGCGAGGAGGCAGAUUGCGCUGACCAGUAAGUUUUUAAUUGUAUUUGUUUGCUUGCUUGCUUGUUUGUUUGUUUGUUUGUUUGUUUGUUUGUUUGUUUGUUUGUUUGUUUGUUUGUUUGUUUGUUUGUUUGUUUGUUUGUUUGUUUGUUUUGUUUGUUUGUUUGUUUGUUUGUUUGUUUGUUUGUUUGUUUGUUUGUUUGUUUGUUUGUUUGUUUGUUUGUUUGUUUGUUUGUUUGUUUGUUUGUUUGUUUGUUUGUUUGUUUGUUUGUUUGUUUGUUUGUUUGUUUGCACACAUUCUGUGUAUUUGUGGGAUUGAAGUGUUCCCAAUGGUCAACUUCAAGCCCAUAGACUCAGGUUAUAUAUUGUAAAUGUAAUCAGUCGAAUCGUAAGAACUGUCCAAGGGGAUCACAACCCCUUGGUUUGGGGGUAAUGUCUUAGGGGGUCGCUACCCCUUUGCAUUCAGCCUCUCCUAGCGGGUCUUAUAUACCCCCGCGGGAUGAAAACAUAAGGCUUGAGGAGUCUUUGGGUUGACCAGAGUUUAAGAGUAUAAUGUUAUAAUGCAUGAUUCCAGAUAUAGACGAAAUUUUGAUCUAGACGAGAAGAACGAAAUCCACUACCACAGCUGGAAAGAGCAUCUUAAUUAAAAUGAGUAAAAUUGCAAAGUUUUAUAACAAACGUACUUGCAGGGAGGUGAGUCCGGGAUUGGACGCACCGAGGGUGGCUGGAAGUUUCCCGAACUUACCGAGCGAAGCGAGGUGAGUUCGGGAAACUUCCAGCCACCCGAGGUGCGUCCAAUCCCGGACUCACCGAACCUGCAAGUACGUUUGGUUUUUUUUACACCGAGCCAUACACACAUUUGUAGCUCUUCGCGAUAUAUUCGUCGUCUCGUCGAUGUUUUGUGAACAUUUUCCCGGCCAAAAAAAUCACUGGGCAAGAAAAUACUUCUUUAUCUACGUCUACAUUACCUUUACUGCAUUUUUUUCUUUGGUUUUUCUUCAGUCUCAGUAUGUUAGUCACCGAAAAAGUUCUUUAAAGUUUAGGUUUAUCGGCUAAAUCUUGUCCGCCAUAUUUGUUAUUGUUAUUGCAACGUAAGCAGUUUAGCGGGUGAGUUCGGGCGAAAAGCAGGUGAGCUCGGCAAAAAGCAGGUGAGCUCGACGACAAGCUCAUUUGCUCUAAACCAAUCAGAAAGCCGCUUUUAACACAGGUAUGGGAUAAGGUUGCGAGUUGUUGUAAAAUGAGGAAAAUAUAGCCCUGUGAAGUUCGCAAAUUUUGUAUAUAUUUGCAUUACGCGCAGGAAAAAUAACCAUUUCUCAUUCUGAGCCAAAAGUGAUUAUUUUUCCGCGCGUAAUAUACAAAUAUAUACAAAAGUUGCGAACUUCACAGGGCUAUAUUUUCUUCAUCUUACAACAUUUCGCAACCAAUCUUUGCCGUUUUAACUCAUUCUGACACGCUCUUCCUAGCUGUGGUGUUGCAUGGAUCUCGUUCUUCUUGCCUUGAUCAAAAUUUGGUCUAUAGCUGGAAUGACCCAUUGGUUCACUUCACCCUGACUCCAUUCUCCCACAAUAAUUUAGCGUGUGUUAGUUUAUUUCCGGGUGUUUCUUCACAUAUAACGGGCUUGGAUCAUUAUUGAUUUAGAAAGGACAUGUACGCAAGUUCCAUCGAAUAUCUCUUCACAUCUUGGACGCCGACGUUAAACCUCAAAGAUGGAUUUCUUCGACUGUUAGAAACAGGUUGCCAGGAUAUAGCGGAGAAUGGGGUGCGUAUAAUGGAAACCCUACGAACCUAUCAAUGUUUUAAAAUCACUGGUAGAUAUUACGCGCGGUAAAAAUAACCUCUUUCGGCUCAAAAAUGGUUAUUUUUCCCGCGGGUAAUGCAAAUAUACACAAAAUUUGCGAACUUUACAGGGCUAUAUUUUCUUCAUUUUACAACAUUUAGCAACCAAUCUUUGCAGUUUUUGCUCUUUCCAGCUAUGAUAAUGGAUUUCGUUCUCCUUGUCUAGAUCAACAUUUCGUUUAAUCCCAAUACGUACUAACAAUAAAACUCCUAAUAAAUAAUUAUCCUAUACAUGCAACUGAUCGAUAUGCAUUUACAAUGCGUUCUGCAUAAUUAUGUUUCUAGGAAGGUGAAGUACGUCUUUCAAACAACGUAUUCAACAGUGACUGCAAGCGACUAGAGUUUUUAAAACAACAAGCUGAAGAGCAAGGAGACCUUUGCCCUUAUAGACAUGGUAUAGUGCUCGUACUUUGUACAUUUCUCUCAGCCUUUCCAAUAAAGCCCUCGUCAAACGAAGAUGAGAGGAGAACCUUUUGUAUGCUACGUAACACUCAAAACUGAUGAAUGCUUUUCCACUUGAAAAGCAUGUUUUGUGUUUUAUCUGUAAAAUAAUGCUAAAAUGAAGAGAUUUUUAGAUUUGGUACGCCAAAGAGAAAAUUAUAUCUGAAGUUCAGUAAGUUUUGCUUGUAUUGCUGUAAAAAUAUGGCGUCAAUUUCACAGCAUCAAUGAUAAUUGCAUGUAAAAUGACAAAAUUUAAAUAUUAUUUUGUGUUUCUCAACCGCCAGAUACAUUGAGUAGCUCGAUACAUUUAAAAAGGUUGCGAACUGUGUAAACUACAAAAUAAAGCUAAAACAACAAGUAAUUCUGAGAGGAACGCCAAAAAGGUUUUAGGUUUUGAAAACUUUGUAUCCAUGCAGAAAUGAUUAUUAGGUUUCUUUUAAAAAUAAGUGUAAACCUUUAUAAUUUUGUUUCAUUACUGAAAAAAUACUUUCAAUUCCAGGUCAACUUGUCAUUGCUAAGGUGUUUGUUGGCGAUACGGAGCUGGCAAAGAAAGACGAAAGGUUUGAAUAUUUUUCUUUUUGAAGGCAAAUUGCAAUAUAAAUUUUUAUUCUCUCCUUUGAAAGAACUUUUGAAACUAUAUAUUACCUUCUUUUAUCGAUUUCUCAUAUCUUGCUUAGUUCUUGAAAUAUUUUCACUUGAAGUAAUGAGAUGUCCGCCAUUUUGGAUAAAUUUUUAUCUAAUUAAUGGUAGUGUUGGUGACGUCACAACAGGGAUUAACCAUAUAAAAGUAUUCGUUGCUGACCAAAUAUUGAUUGGUAGAUGUUUUAAAGGUUUUGAGUGAUCUUGAUAUUUCGAAGGGUAAGACAGAGUAUAGUUUUGAGUGCUAAAUGACUAGUGGUUGUCUAGAUAAAAAUAUUGCGUGACCUCUGUUGUGACGUGACCAUUGAACUAUAAAUAAACUGGAAGGCUAACUCAGGGGGGGAAAUUGAAGCCAGUGCAUUUUAGUUUUUCUGAGUUAUGAGCAGAAAUACUCAACACUGAACGUUGGGCUAUAUAUCAAAUUGAAGCUAUUGAAAAACGCUAUUUGGUGUAGAAAUUUCAAGACUUUAGCUAAAAGGGAAAUAUUGAAAAACUACAAACAUAAUUACCGAUAAUCUUGCCGUUUUGCAGUUGUUUUUGUAUUUUUUAAAUAUUUUUCUUUUCGCUGAAGUCUUGAAAUUUCCACACCGAAUAGCAAUUUUCAAUAGCUUCAAUUUGAUAUAUAGCCCGACGUUUGGGGUCAAGUAUUUCUGCUCAUAACUCAGAAAAACUAUUUUGGCUUCAUCAAAUCAUAGGCCUUUAUCAUAGCAGUUAGCCUUCCAGUUUAUUUAUAGUUCAAUGGACGUGACAUGCAUAUCUACGAAAAUUCAAGAUGGCGGACAUUUCAUUCCUUUCGAUCAAAAUAUUUGUAGAAGUAAGCAAGAUAUGAAAAAACGGUAAAAGAGUAUUAUAUAUAGUCUUAAAAGUUCUUUCAAAUGAGAAAAUAAAAAAAAAUAUAUUGCCAUUUCCCUUUAAUCUCUUUUCUGUUGUUGAAAAAUAAUGUGUGGUUAUAAUGAUUAUCUAUUUUUACAAAGCUUUUGAUUUUUCACCCUCUAGUAAGUCGCCUUUUAAUCGCCCCGAAGCUGACUCUACUCCAGGUCCCUGUACCGUGAACGACAAGACCGUUGACUACGAAUUCCGGAUGUUCACGAAAAUUUCCGAUCCUUCAUGCGACUGCCGUACGAAGCAAAGCGAUUGGAUGGUCUAUGACGGUGAUCUUGUCUUGCCUGAAUAUGUUGUUGACUUCGAGUAUCUCACCAAGGUAUGACGCAACCAGUGAUGCCUCGAUAGACCUUUAUCACGCUUUUUGAAUCGAUUUGAAAUUUGAUGUUAACACUCUAUUAAUAGCAGAAAUGAAAAGAGCAGUUCAAAAUUAGUAAAUGCGCAAAAUUUGGAGGCUAUGUUUUUAAAAUUGUGCCACUAUCACUGUUUCAAAAAAUAUAUAAAAUAUAUUUUUAUUGAAUGAAAUUUUUUUUAAAUGAAAACUUUUUUGCUGUCGAUGCAAGUGUUGAUAAAAUAUUGCAUGAAUUCAUUUCCUCAAGUUGAUCAAUUCAUACGAAUUCAAAUUUCUUUUUACUUCCUGUGCGUUUCCUAUUGGUCAAUCGGUUCUGAAACUAAAUCUAAUUGGCUCAUUUGAAAGUAACAGGAAGUUGAUCAAUUUUCUAUCAAAUGAAUUGAUCAACUUGAGGAAAGGAAUUGGUGCAAUAUUUUAUCAACACUUCCAUUGCAUCGACAGUAAUGAAAAAUAUUUUUAUUUGCAUUGAAGAUGAAGCCGUUGUCGCCGCUAAUUUGUUACUAUGGUAUGACGUCAUGUGACUCUGGGAAUAUUCCUAAUGAUGACGUCAUGGAUCCAGAUUCCGAUAUAUUGGAUAUGGAGCCUCUGGUGCAACCCAAACCACGGUAGGUGAAAGUGUGACUACCCCAAAUAUCAUAUAAUUUGGGUCAUUUCAAGAGAAAUGUACUGUAUUUAACAAAUAUAAAACAUUUUCUGGGUUGAUAUACAGUUAUAUCAACACGAGUGGAAAUUUGGAAAACGAGAAAUUGUGUGGAAACACGACGCCCCAUAGGGCGAAGUGUUAUCACGCAAUUUCGUUAUAUCAAUACGGAAAAAAUGUUUUAUAUAUAAUUUGCACAAAGAAAUAUAAAGAAAGAAACUUUCCGUGUUGACAUUGAGUUAUUGAGUUAGCCAAUCAGCGUUCAGAAUUUACAAAUGCUGUAUUAUAAAUUGAGAUAGUAUUCUUGUUUUUUAAGAUUACUGCAGUUAACGGAAGAUAUUUUAUUAAAACAUUGUUCGGUUGAAUCCACGAAGAACAUAACUACAUUGAACCUCCAUGACUGUGGUCUCACUCGACUAAAAAACAUCAACCACCUGGCGAAUCUCAGGAAGCUGAUUGUCUCAUUCAACUGUUUGACCAAACUGGACGACGUCACAAGCAUGGUAUGUAACUGACUAAUUGUAAAAUUUUCCCUAAGGGUAUAAGAACUGAGCGGAACUCCGAAUAGUUUCUUUCAUGGAUAAUAAAAUAAAUGGAUAGGAAACUAGCUGACGUGACCUAAUGUUUUCAAUGGGCUGAUGGCGUGUUUGGAUGCCUCAACCUAGUUGCAAACCAAAUUCUCAAAAACGGCAUGUUUAGCAAUAAUACAGCUAAACAUUUUAGUCCAAGAGCAAAUAAAUAUAACCACGCCAUUCUACGAUGAAAACUCUAAGUAUUCCCAGUCAAUUUUAGCAAAUAUUUCAAGCACUAAACAGUGAAAACUACAUCGCAAAUUUCGUUAGAAUUUGUGACGCCAAUUUCGUAGCUACAAAUGUAAAAAAAUACAAAACAAAGACGAAAAACAUUUACCUUGAAUACUUUGUCGUGGCUUAGGCACGUUUUUAAAACAAUUAGACCAGUUUACGCUUCAAGAUCACCCUUUUAAGGUGGAAAAUAUAGCAAAACAACAAAAAUGCCGAGAACUUUGGUAAUAUUCGCAAUACGCGUGACGUCACGUUUUUCAACAAGGUUGCGGCCAAUGACGUCAGAAGUUUCCUAUCCAGUUAUUUUAUUAUCCAUGGUUUCUUUGAAGCCGAGUAUAUUUUGAAGUAAUCUCUAAGAUGGAAGCGUUGUGCGUUUUUACAAGAAUUUUGAAGAAAGCCUUGAUCAUACACUCGUAAAAAUCUCACAUCUUGUAGCAAGUCUGCCAACAAGCCGUCAACAAGUUGUGUUCGCACUGCUUGUCAACAAAUUUGGACCAAGCUGUUAACAACUUGUAACAACCUUGUUGAUAUUAUCAGACUUGUUGCAAGUUGUUCCAACAAGACCGAUACAGUCAUGAUAUGAUAAUAUGCGCCCAUAAGGACAAUUUUGUAAAAUGUGAUUGGCUGACACACAUUUUCCGUGAGAAACUUUUAACAAGGCCAAAAAAAAAUAUGUGGGUUUCCGGUUUCUUCCUAUAAAAACUUAGGUAGGGUAGGUCGGUUUUAACUUUUUUUUUUAACUUUUUUUUUAAUUUUCCGAAUAAGCGGACGCCAUUUUGUUUAGUCAGUGCUUCCACAUUCAAAGAUAUAAUUCCCUAAUAUUUCCUCAAAUUUCAAUUUUCCACAAAUUUUUUCCUCUAAGUGGAAACACUUACAAGCAUGAUCUAAUAAAAAAGUUUAGGGUUGGGAUUUCGACGUCCAAAAGCUAGGUAGGGUCGGGAAACCGGAAACCCACAUAUUUUUUUUUUGGCCCAAUGAUAUUUUCAGAAAAUGUUCUGUCCGUGGAAAAUUUUCUUGAGUGGAAAUAGGCCUUUCAUCUCUGAAAUGAUCAGUAUAUACAUUUUCUACAUUUCAGCCUAGUCUUAGUUCACUGGACGCAAGUUUCAAUUGCUUAACAACGCUGGAUGGAUUAAAGGUACUGUGAUAGUCUUUUUGCUUUAAUUCUAUAUCCAACUUGAUUGAUAUAACUUCUUUCUUUAAUCCUUGGCAAGUUUGUAUUGCUUGUGUGUACCGACAAAAACUUGAUAUUUUUCCUUGCCAGUGAGUCUUGUUCCAAAGCUAGUCAUGUUUAGUCAUGUCAGCUUUUGGACUAGGAAAAUUUGUUCGUUUGUACGGCAGAAAACUUGGCAAUUGUACAAGAAAUACUUCUAUGGUUUUGGCAUUAGCAAGGUCGGCCAUGACGUGAAAUUUAACCAUAGAAGGAUUUAACAAGUAUAAAACAUUUUCCGUGUUGAUAUACAGUUUUAUUAUAUGGACAAUGGUGUUUUACUGGAAACUAAAACACUCGUAGAACUCAUACGUCACAACAUCCGGGGCCAGGUGCGCGUAUUUUCCGUAUUUCACCCCUGGUAGUGACAUACGAAGUUUUGAAAAUUUCCCGCCAUUUUCACUGUUGUUGUUUUGAAAAUACAAAUGGUCUUUGGUCGGUAUUUUAAACGAAAUUAACGUUGGAAAUAAAACGAAAACAUUUAAAAGACAUCUUGAGAUAAGUAAAAUUUAUUCUAGUUUUAUGUUUGCAGUAUAAUUUUAAAAAAUAUCGCUUUUAUACUGGUCUUUCGCGUUCUUAUUUACAUGUCGUCUUUGUGUGUAUUUUUGUCACUCUGAGUAAAUCCAUAUAAUAAACAGAACAUUAAACGGUUGCGAGAAGAUAUGGAUUUAUGUUCUCGUGUCAAAAACAAUAUCUCACUCGUUCGCUGCGCUCACUCGUGAGAUAUUGUUUUUGCCACUCGAACAUAAAAUCCAUAUCUCUUCGCAACCGUCUAAUAUCCUAUAUUUAUUAUAUGGCUUUGCAGAAUCCUGGAUUCUGAUUGGUCAACGUGCGCUCCGUAAAAUGCGUAUUCGGACCGUGGUCCGUAUUUUUUCGUAUCCGGACCGGUUUCCCGUUAUGUCAAUUUGACAGGCUCGAAUUUGAAACGUUUUUACACGUUCAUAAGGUCGUAUAUGUGAAGAAAAAGUAUCCUUGGAUCAUUUUUAAGAAUAAGAAGUCUCGGAAAUAUUAAUAAGUACUUGUACCAACACAAAUUUCAUCGAAAAAGCUAAGAAAACAAGCCGUUUGAACUCUUACUGGCAACCGUACGUUUUGGCGGGAAAAUUUUUGAUUUGUUUACUUGUUUCAAAAAAUAAAUAAAGAUGAAUUUAGCGUCUUUAAUAGUCUUUAAUACCAUAUUCUAAACAAAUAUCAUAUAAACUGGGUUUAUAAACAUUUUUUCUUGUAGUUCUAAAGCGACUGUUAAACAUGCUUUUCCGUAAACAAUAUUCGGUGACGAAACCAAAUCUAAACGAAGUCGACGAAAACUAGCAAAUAAAACAUAGCUCAAAAAUACCUUUAUAGCCGCUCAAACAAAUAUAUGAAAAUCAGAAAAUGUGUUUAAGGAGCCAUAUAAUAAACGGUUUAUUAAUCUUGUUUUGCAUCGGUCUGAACGGGAAAGUAUUUGGCUUCGGUUUAUCCGCACAGACCUCGCUCUCGGUUAAAAAGCCUUUAAUAUCAACACGAGUAGUGGAAAUUGGGAAAACGAGAAAUUGUGUGGAAACACGACGCCCCAAGGGCGCGGAGUGUUUUCACACAAGUUUUUCCAAUUUCCACGAGUGUUGAUAUAACUGUAUAUCAAUACGGAAAAAGGUUUAUAUUUGUUUUAUAAUAUAGCACAGAGAAAUAUAAAGAAAGAAAUUUUCCGACGUUUCCGUGUUGACAUUGAGUUAUAUCAACACGGCUCUUAGCCAAUCAGCGUUCAGAAUUUACAAAUGCUCUAUUAUAAAAAUGUUUAACAACAUUGCGUGCACAUGAGCAACAAAACUUGCGGAGGUAAACUUGUCAAGGAAAACUUGUUGACCGUAAACACGAGAAAGUAAACUUGUCAAGGGAACUUGUCAAGGGACAUUUGUGAAGGAAAACUUGGCACUCUUCUGUACGGUGUUUAUUUUUUCUCUUAGGCAUGUCCCGUUUUGACAGGCCUGGAUGUAAGUUGGAAUAACUUGCAGCACAUACGGGAAGAAAUCGGCACGAUUCGGAAACACGUGACAAGCCUGGCGUCAUUAAAUUCACGCCACAAUCCUUGGCACAGGGUAAGGCAUUUCGUAUGUAUACACAUGCAAAAGUCUCACAUCUUGUAGCAAGUUUGCCAACAACUUGUCAACAAGUUGUCUUCGCACUGCUUGUCCCAAGUUGUCAACACGUUUGGAACAAACUGUUUAACAACUUGUAACAACCUUGUUGAUAUUAUCAGACUUGUUGCAAGGUUGUUCCAACAAGUCCGAUACAGUCAGGAUAUAACAAUAGUGUUACAACCUUGUGUCAUCAACCUUGUAACAUUCUUGUUAUAUCAUGACUGUAUCAGACUUGUUAGAACAACCUUGGGAAAAACAAUAGGGUAUAAGGACUGAGCGGAACUCCGAGUACGCACUCAAAAAUCUCACAUCCUGUAGCAAGUCUGCCAACAAGCCGUCAACAAGUUGUGUUCGCACUGCUUGUCCCAAGUUGUCAACAAGUUUGGAGCAAGCUGUUAACAACUUGUAACAACCUUGUUGAUAUACUUAGACUUGUUGCAAGGUUGUUCCAACAAAUCCGAUACAGUCAUGAUGUAACAAUAUUGUUACACCUUGUAACAUUCUUGUUAUAUCAUGACUGUAUCAGACUUGUUAGAACAACCUUGUAACAUUCUUGUUAUAUCAUGAUUGUAUCAGACUUGUUAGAACAACCUUGUAACAUUCUUGUUAUAUCAUGACUGUAUCAGACUUGUUAGAACAACCUUGUAACAUUCUUGUUAUAUCAUGACUGUAUCAGACUUGUUAGAAUAACCUUGUAACAUUCUUGUUAUAUCAUGACUGUAUCAGACUUGUUAGAACAACCUUGUAACCAGUCUGAUGAUGCCAUUAAGCUUGUUACAAGUUGUUAACAGCUUGUUCCAAACUUGUUAACAACAACUAGGAACAGGCAUGAGUGCGAACAUAACUUGUUGACGGCUUGUGAACAAAUUGUAACAACUUGCGCGUGUUUACCUGUGUACCAUAACAUAGUCCGUCAAGAUUAGCAAGGUUACUGUCAAUCCGAUAUCAGAAUGUGUUCUCACCUCUUGUUCCCAGUUGUUGUGGCAAAUCUGGAACAAGUUGUUAUCACCUUGUUACAAGGUUGAUUGCGGUAACAGACUUGUUACAAUUUGUUUCAACAAAACUAACACAGGCUGUUCGUAACAAGUUGCUGCGAGCUUGUUGUCAUCAACUUGUUAACAAAUUGUUACGUGCAGACGAUAUCAGACUUGUUGGAACAACUUGUUUGCGAGUCUUUUAGCCUCAUCAACCUUGUUACAAAAUGGUAACAACUUGUUCCACACAUGUCAACAACUGGGAACAAGCAGUGCGAACACAUCUUGUUGACAAACUGUGAGAUAUUAUGAUUUUGAUCGCAUUAUAAUUUUCUAUCCUUCAGGCUGACAACUACCGCACUUAUACCAUCGGUCGUUUACGAACACUCCAAGUCCUAGAUGGUCAGUUUAUCACUGAACAAGAACAUGCCUUAGCAUUACGGCAAGCUGCUGCCUCUAGAAUCACAUCGUUCACAAUCUUAGCACAUUCCCGAACUGACGACGAGAGAUUACGAUCGUUAAGCCUCGCGUCGACAGCGACAGUUCUGUGGAAAUAUAGCAAGAAUAAACCAAUGGUGUUGGACGAAGACGAUACGAACUGGAUGAAAAAUGUAAGUGUGACGUAAUAUUCUUUGUUUGCAAUGACGUAAUUUUGGGAUUUCAGUUGACGGGCAGGAAAAACAAAAAACAGCUAUUUUAAUAUAUUGAUCGAGUUUAGAGACAGUUUAAGACUCCAAAGAUGAGUCUAUGAAAAAAAAGUAAAUUCCCGUAAAGAACUUAUUAAAAUUAGUAAAAUUGCAAAAUUUGGUUACGAAAUGUUGUAAAAUACGGAAAAUAUAGCCUUGCGAAGUUUGCAUAUUUUCAGUAUGUUUGUAUCACGUGCGGAAAUUGUUACCAUUUUUGAGCUGAAAAUGGUAACUAUUUCCGCACGUAAUACAAACAUACUGAAUAUUUGCAAACUUUGCAACGCUAUAUUUUCCAAGCUUUACAACAUUUCGUAACCAAAUUUUGCAAUUUUACUAAUUUCAUUAUGUUCUUUUUAGCUGUGGUGUUUGAUUCUCUUCUCUUUACUUAGAUUAAAAUUUAGUCUAACAUGCAAGUUGUCCAUUACCGUUCAGCUUUUCUUGCUACAACCAUUCUGAUAGGAGAAAAAUCGUCCACAAGUUGUUUGAUUGCCCGUCAUUUGGAUGAAAAGUCACGUGAUUGCAAACAAAGAAUAGAAACAUCAGACCUAGGAAACAUAUUUCUCUUGUUUGGCAGCAAAAUCCAAAAAUAGAAAUUUCUUGUCUAACUCAAAUAUAAAACUUCUUGUAUAUGACAUGUAGAUUUUAAAAUAGAAAGUUAGGAAACUUGAUGCAGGCAUGCAGUAAUUGACCUCAGUAUCUAUGUAUUGUAUUUUCGCUAGAGCAACCAAUAGCUACCUUUUCAUUUAACCAUUUAACAAUUAUUCGCCGAAGACGAGGUGAUUAUCGGGGAAUGUUCACCGAGACGAAGUCGAUGUGAGUAUUCACCGAUAAUCACCAAGCGCAUUUUUUCAGGUUACAACUUUGCAUUUGGAUGGUCAAGGAAUUUCGAAACUCUCCAACUUGGAGAAACUGACUCGUCUGAGAUGGGCAUCAUUUAGUGAUAAUAAUAUCAACAAAAUCGAGGUAAAACACCGUUGCAUGUGUAGUUGCUUUCCACCUUUUUGACUCAUUUGACUCAUAAAUUCAAUUUAUUUUUUACUUCAAGGGACUAGAGACUUGCACGAUGCUCGAAGAACUGAACUUGUCCAGAAACUGUAUAUCGAAGAUUGACGGUAAGACAAUUGAAAGAUUACUAUAGGACCCAUGGGUGCUGAACCUCGCUGGCCUCAGAUCCAUUAGUCAAACUAGAGGACACUAAAUAAGAGUUGAGUUUUAGGGUGGUGCUGGACUUCUCUAGGGGGUGCAAUACACCACUAGGUGGGGUUGCGCUCCCUCCCACCCUACACCUCCACGGUAGAUCCGCCUAUGAGUGAUGACCUAUAACUUGUGACCUAUAACUUUCUAUCAGCUCUUGUUCCAAAGUUGUGAUUUUUUAUCUAUAUAGGGUUAUCGAAACUAACAAAUCUAAAGCGACUUGAUAUUGCUUAUAACGAUAUCACAUCACUAGAAGUCAACACUAUGGAAAAUUUAAUUCACUUAGAAUAUUUAUCGGUUGAAAAUAACUCCAUUGUUUCAAUACAAGGAUUGAAGGCAAGUCAAACGUUGUACGUUUUGCACUACAAGAAAGUUUAUUGUUGUAAAAUUACAACAUUCUUUCUGAUUAUUUUUCAGAAAUGUGGUUCCCUCCAAGAACUUUUCGCUGGCAAUAACCAAGUGUCGAAUACACGAGAAAUAUUUUAUUUGAAGGUAAAAACUACUGUUGUUGUAAAAAAGUGAUUUCGAAGAAAAAAUGACAACAAGAUUUCAUUUCCUUCAGGGAUUGCAGAAUCUAGAUAUUCUGGACUUGAGUGGUAACCAAAUGGCAUCAUCGAACGAAAAUCAUCGCUUGUUUGUGGUUUAUCAUCUGUCAUUUCUUAAAGCUUUGAAUGGCAUUGCUGUGGUAAGACUCUAGACUUUACGAAUUUACAUCAAGCUCAGUUGGUUAGAGUGCUGCACAGGAAUCACAGGGCCGCAGGUUUGAUUCCUGCCCUCUGGCCUAUAGUUGCAUUUUUCGCAACUGUUCCUGCAUGGUUAGGUCUAAAAUUGAAUCUACAAAAAAUUUCCAUCGCUCUGAAUUUCCAUGUGCAAAAACCUUUCAACUUUUAUUUCUAAUUUAAAGAUAAAAUGCAGAGCCCAGCAAAUAACUUUAAAAUCAAACAUAAUAAAAGUAAAAAUUUUAACAUUUCGUUGUUUACAAUUUAUACAAUACAACAUCUUCAGGGCAAUCCAAAUGAAUUUACAGGGUAUGGUAUAUAUAUUUACAAAAUAAUGGUUUAAUAUUACAAAACAGUUACUUAGUUUGAAAGAACAAAUGAAUAGAAAGAAAGGAAAACAACUUAUCAGUAACUAGUUAAUUAGUAAAGAUUAAUGUUAAGUGCAUGGUUAGUAUAGUUAUGGUUAAUACAUAACUAAAAUAACUCAAGAGGGGUAGAUCGAUCUAAUAUUAACAUUAAGGACAGGGUUAAGUUGAGAAAUUAAUAGGACCACUAUCCAAAUUCAGUUGGGAUACCGACAAAAAACUCUCGGACCAAAACCCUGCCACAAAAUCUCCGAUGACAAACUUCCUUAUGGCAGUUGUCCCCGACGAUAUGCCCAGACAGGGCGUCUGAGAUUUUGUUUCACAUUGUUUAAAUUUCCCUCUUUCAGACUUCAGCAGAACGUUCUUGUGCAAAGGAAACUCUGGGAGGAAGG